AUAUUAGGGCAAUAUAUAUAUCCGAAGAAAUCUUUAAUUUGCAGUAGAAAUAAAAAUAUGUCUAGAUUGUGUUACUUAGCAUUAGUUAUAAGUUUUGUAGCUUUAUUUCAGAAUGCUGCAUCAAUAGAUUAUGGAGCAGCCCUAACAAAGUCUUUGUUGUUCUAUGAAGCACAAAGAUCAGGUAAGCUACCGCCUACUCAGCGCGUGCAAUGGCGUGGAGAUUCUGCUCUUACCGACGGCAAAGAUUCCGGGGUGGAUUUGACCGGAGGAUAUUACGACGCCGGCGACAAUGUGAAGUUCGGCUUCCCGAUGGCGUAUACAGUGACAAUGCUGGCGUGGAGCGUGGUUGAAUUCGGGCCUCAACUUAGGGCCCGAAAUGAGUUGUCGAAUGCUUUGAGGGCCAUUAAAUGGGGGACCGAUUAUCUAAUUAAGGCCCAUGUAGAGCCUAAUGUGAUGUACGGUCAAGUCGGAGAUGGCGGGUCGGAUCACUCGUGCUGGAUGAGACCCGAGGAUAUGACGACGCCGAGAACCGCUUACAAGAUCGACGAGCAGCACCCGGGUUCGGAUCUUGCCGCCGAAUCUGCCGCCGCAUUGGCGGCGGCAGCCAUUGCUUUUCAAGAGUCACAGCCUAGUUAUUCGUCCAGGCUACUCAACCAUGCAAAACAGUUAUUUGACUUUGCAACAAAAUACACCGGCAAGUACCAUGACAGUAUUCCUGGGGCUGGACAAUUCUAUUCAAGCAGUGGAUUUGAGGACGAACUUUUGUGGGCUGCAACAUGGUUAUCACUAGCCACUAACGACAAAACCUACUCAGACAUCGUCACUAAAUCCACCAACUUCGGUGGAACCAGAACAAUGUUUUCAUGGGACGACAAAUUUGUCGGCGCUCAAAUCCUUAUCUCAAAGGGUGUAUUAGAGGGGAAAUUCAAAUCAGAAAAUGGAAAUUUGGAGCAAGCGAAACAGUACGGUGAAGAAUACGUAUGCAACUGCAUGCAAAAAGGAAACAACAACGUGCGUAAAACAAACGGUGGUCUCCUCUGGUUUCAAGAAUGGAAUAAUCUUCAAUACGUCACUACGGCGUCGUUUAUCAUCACCACUUACGCUGACAUUCUCAACGCCGCCAAGACUACUAUCCAAUGCCCAGGUGGCACUGUGGGCCCACAGGAUUUGAUCACCUUCGCCAAAUCACAGGUGGAUUACAUAUUGGGUUCCAAUCCGAAGCAAAUGAGCUACAUGGUGGGAAUCGGGUCGAACUAUCCGAAAAGGGUCCACCACAGAGGAGCAUCGAUCGUGUCCAUUAAGAAAGAUCCGAGCCCGGUUAGUUGCCAAGCGGGUUUCGAUCAGUGGUUCCAUAGGAAUGCGGAUAAUCCGAAUGUUCUUGAUGGUGCGAUUGUCGGUGGCCCGAAUCAGAGCGACGAGUAUUCAGACGAGAGAGAAAAUUAUCAACAAUCCGAGACCGCUACUGCAAAUAUAGCUCCGUUUGUUGGUGUUCUUGCCCGGUUUGCCUAAAUUUUUUAAUUAUACUAUGAAGAAAUAUCGGCCUUAAUUAGUAGAAGAUAUUGAAAUUUAUGCGAUUUUUCAUUGAUUUAGAUAUAACACUUGACAAAUUAAUGUUCAUCGUCACUCAACAUAAAUUUGGUUUAAUAAUUUACAUAGUUAUAUAAUAAAUUUGUG